GUGGGCUGCAAGGGGGGAGAAGAGGAAGAAGAAGAAGUGAUGUUUCUGUUCCACUAUAUUGUAGACUUACACUUCUUCCUAAGAGACAUAUUUUUUGGCCUUUGAAUUUGGAUUUUUAUGAUUAUUUUUUGCUCUUCCAUUCACAUCAGCCUUUAAAUAGUCUGGUACUUGGGAAGUCACUGCUGACACUUGGCCUUUGUACGACUUUGAUACUUCGCGAGAGACCUGGGAGCCCAUAGGACGUGAUACACCAUCAUGCUACGAUAGCACAAGAACCGAUACGGGAAAAAUCGAUAACCUAACAUCGCCCCGGCUGGAAGUCGGGGCUUGGAUCGAAAAUUGUCGGGUUACACAUGGUCAAACAGAACCUACUGGCGACUUUUUAUACAGAAGCGCAUAUACACAACGAAGAACAAGACAGCAAUUGGACUUGGAUAGCACUGAUCGAGGUAUCCGAGCAAUAAUAAGCGAGGGCAACAACCGCCUUGUUUGGCAACUGAAAGGUUCCAAACCAUGGCAAGCCAGCCGAGUUCUGGGGGCUUUUCCCUGUUCCCAAACCCAAACUACAGGCACGCAAGCCCGCGGCCCAGGACGGCAACACCAAGCAACGGUGGAGCGAGGGCCACCACUCCUCAGAGCUCUGCCCCUCCCCGCGAUCUUUGGCCCGAGUCCUCGCCGCCCAGGCAGCACCGCACCCCGGAGCGCAAGCCAUCUACCAGGCAGGGCAGGCAACCGCAAAUCCAAGGAAUCGGCAUCAGCCAGGGUGGUGCUUCUUCGACGGAUCCGUGGAUUGGCAAUUCAGCCACCGCGCAGGUCCAACGUCCGGCCGCCGUCAUCGAGGCGCCGCCGAGAUGUGACACGGCCUUCUCGGAAGCGCAGACCCUGGUGCGGAGCAACAGCAACAGGUCUUGCACUUCGGCAGGGCACAAAAAUGGUGGUCAAGGCCCGUCGUCUUCAGGAGGUGAACCUCAAGCGCUGAGGUCGAUAUUCCCAACUUAUAAUCACGACCUGCCUCCAGAUAGACAGGAAUACUUCCCAACCCAAGCAAGCCCGACACACAUACCUAUGGCCGUCAUCAGCAGACCAUUGUACUCGCCAGAGCCUGAAUUACAUCAUACACAACAACCGCAACACCCACAACUCACUUCUCCCUCUCCUCAGCUACAUGCGCAACAGUUCCACCGCCCCCUACAACCCGACAUGCAAAUGCCGCAGCAGCCAGCCCCGGCAGCAGUACCAGCGGCAUCUCCGCCACCAAUACCCACCCCCGUGGCCAGGUGGCCGCCAAGGCCCGCAGAGCCUCCCACCACACCCCAUGUCAGCUCGACCGAGGAGCUACGGUCACUAUGGAAAGUAGUAAGUGGGUGGAAGGCUACCGCAUCCGAAGGCCGCCUCUUCUGCCUCAAGAUGACAGCCGAGAGGGACACGCCCAUAUACACCCUAUCGUCGACAACGCAGCCCUUCUACAACCUCCGCAUCGACCCUACAUCCGCAUCCGCCUACGUCACCCUCUCCCGUCACGACCCAAGCAAAGUAUACAAAGCACCAGCGGAGCCAACGUCGACUGCGUCGGACCCGGGAAGUCCCGGCGGAUCCAUGCCCCCUGCAUCCGUAGUCGGCACGGGCAAGGACGGGAAACACUGGCAGUCGGCGCUGACGACAACGCUCGAGGAGACGUCCCGCAGGCACGCGCCCAACGACGGCCUUGUGGCGCUCCUGUACCCGCAGGCGGCGGCGCGGGUGGCGCUGGAGCGGCCGGACGACGUGGCGACCAUCAUGACGGCGGAGCGCGAGUGCGCGCGGUUGGUGUGGGACGACGACACGGGCAACCACUACCUGGUCCACCCGGCGCUGGCCAUGCCGUUCUGCGUCACCAUCGACCGCAACACGGCCUGGAGCCGGACCGAGUACACGCUCGAGCACCUCGAGAGCCCGCAGCACAUUGCGCGGCUCACGCGCGACGGCACCGGCAACGGCUGGCUUGAGCUCGACACGGGCAUCGCCUCCAAGAUCGACAGCGUCUACAUCGUCGAGGUUGCCGUCGCGGCCCUGAUGCUCGUCGCCCACGGCGACACCCAGUUCACCCGCAGCGAGGUCUUUGAGGCCCCGCCCGUGCACAUGAUCUUUGCCGCGCCGCCGCCCAGCUGCGGUUCCGGCUCUGGGGAAGCCGGCAGCAAGAAGAACAAGAAACGGGACAGGAAGAGCUCCCACGCCACCGCCAAGAAGAGCGGCGGUAGCAGCAACAGCACGCCCAAGACGAAGCUAGACCAGUUCGAACUGGAUAUCGAGAGCCAGACGAGCGACUUGGCCAAGUUGGAUGUCGUAAAGGAUAAAGACAAGAAGCUGCCUAGUCUGGCGAGGCUGGUCAUCAAGCUCAUCACGGUGACUUUCAAAUGCUUCAUCUGGGUACUGACGGCCAUGUUCAAGGCCUUGACGGGUUGCAUAUCGGUGUCAGCUAGAUGUCUGACGUCGGAGAAGCUGUAGGCGCUAUAACGAUUGGAAGGAGUGGGCUUCGAUAUUAGGUGUUUUAGGGAUUAUAAUUGGCUAUACCAUUUUGUUGGAAAUUGGGAACUUUCAUAAUGAUUUGCGGGUCCAUUCUCUUUCUGUUCUGGCUUGUGUUUCGUUUCAUCUUUCUCCCUUGGAUGUCAUCGUGUGGCGUCCAUCAUCAAAAAACACCUUGUAUAUGAACUUUCUGCACAGUGAACUAGACAAAGACAGGACAUAAACCUCGUCAGAAGUUGACUUCGAUCUUCAUCAGUAAUACACACUUGCUUCCCG